GAUUUCGCGCGUUGACCGGGUUCCAACAAAAAAAAAGUUGAAAAAAUAAGACAUUUACGGGAUUUUUGUCAGUGAGAAAUAGUGGGUUUUGUUGGUGUUCGAGUGGUUCUUCCGUCCAAUAUUUUAGGUUCACGGUGCGACAUGUCCGUGAUGGGCAAGCCGGUUUUGUACUCUUACUGGAGGAGUUCCUGUUCCUGGAGGGUGCGGAUUGCUUUAAAUCUGAAAGAAAUACCAUACGAUAUAAAGCCUGUGAGUCUAGUAAAAUCAGGUGGUGAACAACACUGCAACGAAUAUCGCGAGGUAAAUCCCAUGGAGCAAGUACCAGCACUGCACAUCGACAAUCACACGUUGAUCGAGUCCCUGAACAUAAUGCAGUACCUCGAGGAAACAAGACCCCAUCGGCCACUCCUUCCAGCUGAUCCUGUGAAACGUGCACGAGUGAGAGAGAUUUGCGAAGUGAUAUCAAGUGGAAUUCAACCUCUGCAGAACCUCGUAGUCCUCAUCUACGUCGGUGAAGAGCGUAAGAAGGAAUGGGCGCAGCACUGGAUCACCAGAGGCUUCACAGCUGUGGAAAAGUUACUGUCAUCUAGCGCUGGAAAGUACUGCGUUGGAGAUGACAUCACCAUCGCAGACUGUUGCCUUGUCCCCCAGAUAUUCAAUGCGCGGAGGUUUCACGUAGACUUACGACCCUUUCCCACAAUUCUCAGGGUCGAUCGUCAUCUCGAGAAUCAUCCAGCUUUCACAGCUGCACACCCCAAUAAUCAGCCCGAUUGUCCACCUGAGGCUACCAAGUAGCAAGCAAGGCAGACCACUCUCUUCCUGUUCUAAAGGUUUUUAUAACUUUGGUGAUUGGAGGAGAGUGGUCGGUAGUGAUCGUGGGAGAGUGGAAGGUACCGAGGGAAUAUUUGGUUUUUGAGGGAAAUUAUUUUAAAUCACUAUUUCGGAAAAAAUCGGCAAUUGUGGAAUUUAUAAAUUUUUAAAAAAUAUUUAUUUUCCAAUCAAUAUAAAAAUUAAUUAUAGAGGAAUAUGAGCGUUUUCUCAACAAUGGGUGUGGACAAUUCACACAAAUUUUUAGUUUUUCCAAAAAUAAAAAAUUACAACUUAAUGGUAAGUUGAACGUACCUUUUGUAUUAUUAGGAAAUUUUUCUCGAUGUCAGUGUAAGGACAGUCAAUAAAGAAGCAAUUGCCAAUAUUUUUAAAUAAAAAAAAAUACAAUUUCCACAAAAUUAAUAGUAUCACAAAUAAAAUCAAAUUGACCGAAAGAAAUUGAAUAUUUCCUUCUAAUUUUCACUCCAACCAGCGAUCAAGCUUCAAGCAAUUGAAGUAAUGACCCAAGUUAAAUCUCGAGUGAUAAUUUCAAUUGUUCAAGCUGUCAUUCAAGUGAUAGAAAUGUUGGCCUAUUUUCUUAUUUCUUCAUUCACCAGUCUUACCUCCUUUAUUUCACUCCAGCAGAGUAACUUUUUUGUAAACAAAUGAACAUAUUUUUUUAAUAUUUACCGUGUGCUACCUAUUUGACAUAGGGUCUGUUGCCAGAAGUCUAAAGUUUAAUUUUUUAUGCAAUAUUAUUUUUUAGAUUAUUUUAUUUGUUUUUACUCAAAUGACUUCAUCAUUAUUCGAUUAAUUACCAAGAAUAAUUUGAUGCAAGCUGCUCAAACCAUGCCUCAGAGCUCUUGGAGUAUGGGAAAGUACAAAGAUCUUCCUUAAUUUCCAGUCUUGAAGGCAUCGAAACAUUGGUUGAAUUUUAUAUUCAUUUCUUUUUUCAUUUUUUUAAUGAAAUACCAUAAAUUUACAAUCAUCUUAGCGUAACUGCCAGUCGUCAGACAAUUAAAAUGUCAAAUAAAAAUCAAUUGCGCCGAUAAAAUUAUUUUCUGUCAUUAAGUGAGGGAAUUAGCACGAUUAAUUAUGAAUAUCUAGCGAUAUCUCUGAUGAAUAAUCGAAACGUACAAAGAUACUUACGUUGAUAACUGUAAAUAACAAAGAGUAAAACAAAAAUAACAGCAGAACUGAUCAAAUCUAAAUGCACGAGAGGCAUUCGGUGUCUAAAAUGAACAGAAACAAUAAUUCAUUAUUCAAUCCAUGACUAGCAUUCCCUUUCCAAUGAUUUACUAUUAAUUAUCCUUUUGGUGGUAUUGAAUAGAUUAACAAUUAGAUACCAAGGGAUUCGUAAAUGAUGAACAGAUGGAUUAUUUUCAUUGUACGUGCUCGGGCUAGAGUAUGUUAGGAGCAUUAAAUCCGUGAAACGUAGGAGUUAAUUCCCAAGAGUGUGUAUGACGAUAAAGUUAAUGAUCUUGAGCCUGUAAAAAUAUAUAAAUAAGUGAGCAAUAGGAAUUCACGAUAUUGAAUAAGGAAAUGAAUAUUUUGUAAGUGAAAACAAAAAAAAAAUGUGUAACUUGAUGCUUAUAGAGGAGGAAACAAUAAAUUCUGUGUCAUAGAAGUUAAACAUCUUUUAUUCCUCUCAACAAAUGAACUUACCUUAAUUGCCUUGGUACUUAUUCAUUUCAGAGCUGAGUGGACAUGAUUUUAUUCCAAAUCUGUCAGCACAGACUCGAUAUAUUUUUUAAUCAAUAAUGUAUUUUUAUUUUUUCAUCUUUCUUUUGUUUUCAUAAAAAAAUACAUUCACUUAACUAUUGACUAGUUCCGUUUUUGUCUCAUAAUUAUCGUGUUUUUUUUUUCUUUUAAAUACUCUAAACUCAUGAAUGGAAUGUUCUAAUUGUUCAUUCUAUCACUGGAAAUUCGGGUGGGCGAAAUGUUUGAACAAUGCAGAUUUGUAUAUUUACACUUUAAAGAUAUGUCGUUAUAACUCUUCACAAUUGUUUAGCCUACAUUUACAGUGAUAACUUCGGUUUUAUCAAUAUUUCUUUGAUUAAUUGCCAUUAAAUUGGGAACUUACGCAUUAAUUCGUCAGUUACAAUACAUUUUGUACAUUUCAAUAUUAUUUUUGUACAAUCAAAUAUCAGGAAGAUGAACAUAACAAACGAAUCAGUGGAAUGAAAAAUAAAUUACAAAUGUCCCUGAAGUACUUCCUGACUUUGAUUCGAUAACAAUCGAUUUAAAAAUUUUACAAGAGAAUGAAACAAGAGGACGAACUUUACUCAUCAAAAUUACUACAUCAUAUUAGAUUGAAAGAACAUCAUCCUCUCGUUGCAUUUCCCCAGACAAUUACAAAAAUCAAUAGUCCUUAAUACUUAAAACCCUACGAAAUAUUUAACAACAUUAUACCUAACACUUCAUCAGUAGAAAAAAAAUGUAAAAAAAAUGUCUGAAACGUUGACAGAGAGUUGAAGUUGGUGAAGAAGACGAUUGAAUAAAAAAAAAAUGAAAAAAUACGAUUGGUGAUGUCGGUCGGACCUAAAACGUUGAUAAAUGGAAUAAAAAACGUGGAGAUAAAGAUGGUGGCUGGGUAACUGGGUAAUUGGUGAAAUGAAUAACAACAGAAUGCAUUUAAUGAGCGAUUGUUUAUUAUGCUCUUAUGAUCACUUGUCAUACAGGUAACGAUGCUUUUUGUUUUUCUUUAAAUCUUUCUUUCUUUUUCAUGAAUGAAAAUAGUUAAUAUAUUAUACUUUUUAUUUUAUAAUUAUUUAACAUUGAAUGAGAAAAAAAAGAAGACGAGAGAAAAGGAAAAAAAAGUAAAUAAAUGAUGAUACGUAAUAACAAUUCGUGUUGGAUGCAAAUAAAUGUGUUAGAAUGUAAGAAUAAUAUUAGAUUUCAUUACUCGUUUUUUAUAAUUUUUUUUUUCAAUAGUAACUAAUUUUACAAUCUAAACUCUUCUUUAUAACAAUUAUCACCCCCAAGAGAAGAUGUGGGCGCACGUAAGAUGUUACAAUGGUCUUGAUAAAAUAAAUGGGGAAGUAAUGGGAAAUAAGCGAGUGCGUUUUGUUGGUUUUCUUUUUCAGAAAUUAUCAAAUUGUGAUCAGCAAUUGAAAUAAGGAGACAGUGAAAUGAUAAAAGUAAUUAACAUCAACCACACUCUCCUUAUUUCAAUUAGCCAUCGAAAAAAAAUAUUCAGUCGUGAAUAAAUAAAAGAUUGUGAUGUCUUAAACCCUCAAUGUAUUUAUUCAACUGAUUUUUUAACUUUUAUCUAUGCACGACGUGACGAUCUGACAUGGAUGAUUGAAGAAAAUAAUAAAAUAAUUACAACGAUGCACUUUUUGAUAAAAAUGCAAUUCAAUUUCUUUUUCGUAUCUCUACAAUGAUGAUUAUAUCGAACCACUUGAUUUUAAUUAUCAUUUUCACCUCUUGCGAAGCAUUUGUCUGGGGUAUUACAAGCGAUAACAUUUUUUUUGUCUUUUUAACACACGAUUCAAGUUAUUCGAAUGCAGAGGGGAAAAAACAUGUGGACAUUUAUCAUAACGUUUUUCUUUUUCUUUAUAUCUAUUGAAACCUUUCGACGGAAUUUCAUUUUGCUGAUUAAUCAUUUCAUGAGAGAUUCUCGUAACACCGGCGUUUAUUAUUUGUGCUUAACACUUCUCUAUUUAAUGCUAGAAAAAAUGAAGAUCGAUGAGGGGCACAAGAGCUAUAGAUUU